UAAGGAUAUUGUAGUCAACCCUUAAUUCUAGGGAUCAUUUAUUGGAAUCUCUCUAGUGACCAAGUGCAGUCAUUUAUAACUCGUUUGAUCUUUUCAGAUCAGAUAUUUAAAAAUAAACGGGGUCACCAUUAUAUGAUUGUCUAUUAGAAGCGCAGUACAAUGUUUAACAAAAGGCUGAUGCUAUUUUUUGGUUCUCUUAGCUCUUGGCAUCGUCCCCUCGGACAAAUCCCUGGGUUCCCCAUUACUGUAACACGGAGCGUCCCUUCCAAAAUGUCCAGUUUCGCAAUUCCCUUAUGCGAAGUAUAACAACCCUGCCUUUAUUUAUCUUACUUUUUAUUUUCCUUCUUUUCCAGGCAAAUACCUGCUAACGCACCUGAAUGCAUAGCGCGCAGCUUUUGUGGGGUGGACUGGGAAAGACGCUCGAUUUCCGUUAAUCCAUGUCCAGCAAGAAAACUUGGUCAAUGUAGUCCUAAAUAUAUUCCGUGGAAAAUAGCUGGGAUUGUUUUUAUUAGUCAAACCAGUAAUCUGAAAAGAGAGAUGGGGAGAAAGACACUGGAGAAUGCACUCCUACAAAAAGGGGUUCCACACAUACACGCACGCACGCGCACAGUAUCACAGCAAAAGAGCUGCGAUCUCAAUCCAUUCCGCGUAAAAGCGGCGGCUCCGCGUCAGGUUUUGCUGUGCCGCUGCUGCGCCCGUGUGCUACUUCUCCUUGCCACUCGCUUUUUUUUCCUCCUGCAUUGCUGUACAAGCAGAUGUUAGAUUACCGGUACUGGAAAUCAGUCCAUGCGAGAUCACUGUCGGAGGAGGUAGCGACGGCAGCAGCAGUAGCGGAGGCGACAUCGUCGAGACCGACACACAGAAAAUUUAGCUGCCACUCUUUACGGCUCAGCGAAGUACCAUACUGUCCGUCCAACACAAUACGACAUCGAAGCAGAUUAAAUCCCCUUUCCCCGCGCAGGAAUUCACCCGUUUGUCCCUUGUGCUUCUACGCAAUACUCGCAGUCUCAUUCCUCGACCUGCGAAUAACGGAUUACGUUUAUACCGAUGGGCACAGUGAUGGAUGAGGGUUUGCUCCAAGGACACUUUCUGGAGGUCUUUAGAAAGGAGUGACUUUUAGCACUCAGACAAAUAUACAUGUGUUACAACUAUAACAAAACCAGCAAAACUAUUGCGGACGAGGGAGAGACUGACAAAAAGGAUUUGGACUGUUGAUAUUAUUUUCUUUCGCAACAGUAACAUAAAAAUAGACUACAAAAAUUAUAAAGAAUAACAAUCGCAAAGACAGGUAGCUCCUGGUGGAACAUCUGGACUCUUCAGCCAACUGGAAGUCGGGAAUCAUGUUGUUGAUAAUAAGUUUGGUUUUGAUCAGCAGAUUCACCUGCAGCGAUGCUCAGCACGUUGCCACCGUGACCAACCCUCUCCCUGCUGCCUUCUCAGAUCUGCUGCCCCACUUUCUCAUUGAGCCAGAGGAUGUGUACAUCGUGAAAAACAAGCCGGUGACCCUGACUUGCCGAUCCACUCCAGCUACCCAGAUUUACUUCAAGUGUAAUGGUGAGUGGGUGCACCAGGAUGACCACAUGAUCGAGAGGACCACCGAUCCAUCUACAGGAUUGCCUGUUAUGGAAGUAAAAAUUGACAUUUCAAGACAGCAAGUGGAGAAGAUCUUUGGUUUGGAAGAAUUCUGGUGUCAGUGUGUGGCUUGGAGCACCUCAGGGACACAGAAAAGCCAGAAGGCCUAUGUCCGGAUUGCAUAUCUGAGAAAGAAUUUUGAGCAAGAACCUUUGAGUAAAGAAGUGUCUUUGGACCAAGAAGUACUGCUACACUGCCACCCACCAGAGGGUGUGCCCCCAGCUGAGGUGGAGUGGCUGAAGAACGAAGACCUCAUUGACCCCAUUGGUGACACCAACUAUUAUAUCACAGUGGAUCACAACCUUAUCAUCAAGCAAGCCCGUCUAGCAGACACUGCCAACUAUACCUGUGUUGCCAAAAACAUCGUCGCCCGCCGUCGGAGCUCCUCUGCUACUGUCAUCGUUUUUGUCAAUGGUGGCUGGUCCACAUGGACAGCGUGGUCGGCCUGCAGCGCCACCUGUGGCCGAGGUUGGCAGAAGAGGAGCCGAAGCUGUACCAACCCUACCCCUCUGAAUGGAGGGUCCUUCUGUGAGGGGCAGAACACCAUGAAAAGCGCCUGCACGACCACUUGCCCAGUAGAUGGAGGCUGGAGCGAGUGGAGUAAGUGGUCAGCCUGCGGUGUGGACUGUACGGUAUGGCGUAGCAGAGAAUGCUCCCAGCCAGUGCCAGGAGGUGGAGGGAAAGACUGCCAAGGCCUUGACCUCGAGUCAAAAAAUUGCACCAACGAGCUGUGCCCUCACACUGCUUCUGGUCCAGAAGAUGUUGCUCUGUAUGUCGGUAUUAUCGCGGUGGCCCUAUGCCUAGUGCUGCUACUCAUUGUGGUCAUACUUGUGUACCGACGAAAGAAGGAAGGACUGGACGCUGAUGUUGCUGACUCCUCUAUCCUCACCACUGGAUUCCAGCCUGUCAGCAUCAAACCCAGCAAGCAAGAGAACUCCCAUUUGCUUACCAUCCAGCCAGACCUCACCACUACUACUACCAGCUACCAGGGCAGCCUGCGCUCUCGUCACGAUGCCAACAACAAGUUCACGGUGACCAAUGGGCCAUUGCUGGAUCCCCUGGAGAAUGGACGACAUACUCUCCACAAUGGCAAAUUGACGACCGAUCCAGCCGACUUCAUGACGCGACUCUCCACUCAGACCUACUUUAAAUCACUUCCCAGAGACACAGCCAACACAUCCUAUGGCACCUUCAAUUUUCUUGGAGGCAGAUUGACCAUCCCAAACUCAGGAGUCAGCCUUCUCGUACCUCCUGAAGCUAUUCCGCGAGGAAAAAUUUAUGAGGUCUACUUGACAAUUCAAAGGAAAGAAGAUGUGAGGUUACCUCUAGCUGGCUGCCAGACCCUGCUGACCCCCAUUGUCAGCUGUGGCCCACCUGGCGUGGUACUGACCCGUCCUGUAAUCCUCAGUAUGGACCACUGUGCAGAGAUCAACCCUGAAAACUGGGCCAUCAAACUGAAAAAGCAGUCCUAUGAGGGCACGUGGGAGGAUGUUCUACAGGUUGGUGAAGAGUUACCUUCUGAUUCUUACUAUUGCCAGCUGGAGGCAGACAAGUGCCGGAUCUUCAUGGAACAGUUAGGCCGCUUUACUCUGGUGGGGGAGUCACUCAGUAUGGCUGCCACCAAGCGCCUGAAGCUCAUCCUGUUUGCACCAGUGUGUUGCACCACCCUUGAGUAUAGUAUCAGAGUUUACUGCAUGGAUGACACACAAGAUGUCUUCAAGGAAGUGAUGCAACUGGAAAGACAGUUGGGAGGACGGCUCAUUGAUGAACCCCAGGUCCUGCUCUUCAAAGACAGCUAUCACAAUCUCAGACUGUCAAUUCAUGACAUGCCUCGUGCACACUGGAGGAGUAAACUACUUGCUGGCUAUCAGGAAAUCCCAUUUUAUCACAUCUGGAGUGGCUCUCAGCGGAGUUUGCACUGCACUUUUACACUGGAGCGGCUCAGUCUGAGUACAUGUGAGCUGUCAUGCCGGCUGUGUGUGUGGCAGGUGGAAGGAGAAGGACAGAGUUUUGGUAUUGACUUCAACAUUGCCAAGGACACACGUGCACUGGAAGCAGACUUCUUUGGCUCAGACACCAAUGCUCCAGCAUUAGCAGGGCCCAGUGCCUUCCAGAUUCCCUACCUGAUACGACAGAAGAUUUGCAGCAGCUUGGAUGCCCCUUGCCCACAUGGUGCAGACUGGAGGCUGUUGGCACAGAGGCUGCAGCUGGACAGACACAACAGUUUCUUUGCUUCGAAAGCCAGCCCCACAUCAGUUAUCUUGGACUUGUGGGAAGCGCAACACUUUCACAGUGGCAACCUGAAUCACUUGGCAGCAGUCAUGGCAGAGAUUGGCAAGCAAGAGGCAAUGAUCUUCUUAGUGAGUGACGGCGAAUGCUAGUACCAGAGAGACCAAUGCUGUGCACAUCGGGGUGUACUUGCCGUCCAGGUUUGACCACUUGCUACCUUUUGGUUUUGGUGCACUCCCUCCAGUGGAUCCGUGUGCUUUUCAUUUGGCGUUCCUGCACAUGUUUACGACGAUUUUGCAGAAGCCUGUAAAGUUGCUGCAUCCCAAAAGAAGGUGUCUGAAAACAGUGCCGUACAUUUUGACAAAAGCGAGAGCCAAACAGAAAAGAGGCCUACUCAUUUGAAAGGUGGCAGCCAUCGAUCCAGAGUUUCUUUGGAAAUGGAUGCAGCCCAGCUCCAGCUCACACAAUGUAGUGCCACAAAUAAUCUUUUUUUAUUUUCAUUACUUUAUGUAAAGCAUCACCGCCAAUUAUAUUUCACUAUGAAGGUUUGGUAUAUGAGGUCAUGUUAUUCUUGAUAAAAGCGGUGGAUGGUUUUCAUGCUUAGA